GUUCAGUACUGUCAGUGGUCGGUGCUGGUGUCCUUUGAACUACCACAACCUCUGAUCAGGAAAAUGUCGCGGAAUAGGAGAACCGUGAUAAUAUUCGCAGGUUUUGUCACAGCGGUUGCAGCCGCUUUCUAUCCGAUAUUGUUUUAUCCUCUCUCACACAUAAAUGAGUACAAACAAGUUCAGACGGUAAACCGAGCUGGGAUCAAUCAAGCGGAUGUCCAACCUGUAGGUGUAAAGAUAUGGUCUGACCCAUAUAAGACCAAGUGAAGGCAGCGAUCGCUGGUGCUGGGAUGAGGAAGAGAUGAAGAAAGGCAGAAAUCUGAGUGGUUGCCCGGUCUGUGUUGAUUUUUAAUCAGUGCAAUGGUGCUUAUGGGAAUCAAAGCUCUUUUUUCAAAAAAGAGUCCAAGAGCCAUGUUAAAAACAACAACUUUGUUUCUGCAUCGGACUGUUUCAGAUUAACUGUUUCCCAAGGGUCAAGGGGCAAGCAGAGGAUCAGAAAAUGGAUAGAUUGGUAUUAUAGUGUUUACAGUUUGUGGAGGGUGCACCGAUUUAAUUAGUUGUCCCUGUUCAGUAAAUGAUGGAAUUGUAGGAUUCACUACUUUCUCCAGUAGACUCACCCCUUUAUUUGAUUGUUUUAGGCUGUGACUGAGAUGGAUCACAAUUUACUAAAUACCUUGUUCUCGUGUCCAAAUUCCAGAAAUAAAAUUUUACACAUUUUAGGACACUGGAAAUAUCCCAUAAUCCUGUUAUGAACAAAGGACAGUAGUUAUAACAUUUUAUUCACUUCUCAUGCCCAUUGUGCUCUCACACACUGAAUCAAAAUCCAGGUUAAACAUUAAAAGAAUAAAACCGCAAAAAUGAACCAAACAGAAAAGGAUUUUUUUUUUAAAUGUUAAUGACAGAGAUGUAUAUAUUAUCACAAACAUGUUUUUUUCUGUUUUCACAUAGUGGAUGAAGAGAUAACUGAAAUCAAGUAGCUUUUCAGAAUAGAAAGAUGAUUGUAUAAGAAGUAAUUAAAUCCUGGUGUUGGCUAUAACAUACUCAGCCACCAGAGGGCGGUGUUUGACCAAAGAUGCAAUGGGAUGAAUGUUUGUCUGUUGUUGGACAAGGUUUAAAUAAAACCCCAAAUUAUGGGUUA